GUCUCUUUGGCGGUCAAGAUAAAAAUAUUGCCUUGCUGGCUGCUCUUUUUAGACAAAUAAUGGGCGGACAUUACUGUCGGCUUUUGCUUCUGCUGCUAAUUUCGGCGGUCGUCUCGGCCGACGAGUCAUGCCACUCGUUCGCCGGCGGUUCUGUCUACCCGGCCGGCACCGGUCGCAACAUCGAGCACAGUCUCCAGUACACAAAAGCCGUCAUUUCUAAGCCGGCUCCUUUCUGGGAGGGAACAGCCGUGGUCGGAGGCGAGAUCACCGAGAUCAAACUCAGCGAUUACAAGGGCAAAUAUCUCGUCUUCUUCUUCUACCCACUGGACUUCACCUUUGUUUGUCCGACUGAAAUUUUGGCCUUCAACGACCGCCUGGCCGAGUUCAAGAAAAUCAACGCCGAGGUCGUGGCCUGUUCCGUUGACUCCCAUUUCACUCAUCACGCCUGGACCAAAACUCCGAGGAAAGAGGGUGGACUUGGAAAACUCAAGAUUCCUCUUCUCUCCGACCUGAACCAUAAAAUCUCCAAAGACUACGGUGUCUACCUGGAAGACCUUGGACACACCCUGAGAGGUCUUUUUAUCAUUGACGACAAAGGAGUGCUGCGGCAGAUUACCAUGAAUGACCUGCCUGUGGGCAGAAGUGUGGACGAGACCCUGAGGCUGGUUCAAGCCUUCCAGUACACUGACAAGCACGGGGAAGUGUGCCCUGCUGGAUGGAAACCAGGAUCAGACACUAUCAUUCCUGACAUCGAGGCAAAGAAGAAAUUCUUUGAAACGCACAGCUAAAUUUCAAGACCAGACGCUCAACUACAUAUAGAUUAUUAGGACAUUCCAAACGAGGGGGUGCAUCACACAACUAACAGAAGACUUCUAAUGAUUUUUUUCGUAAACAAAAAUAUUUAAUUAUGUUGCGGUUAACUCGGAAGCCAUUUGAAAUGGUCGAAAAAUAGAUUCUUUUUUACCAAAUA